AUGACUACAACUAUCGUGACCGGCAUUGGACGACGGUCAUCCAUCCGACAACCCGAGAUACACUCACCAGUGAAAACGUCCAGUUCUCAGUUGACGACAAGCCCGGCCGAUAAAUUCCCACCAUUCGAGGCGGAACUCUACAGCCAGACAACGGACACAGGAGAGUACAAACCCCACGUUCCUCUCCAAGGCGGGGCAAAUGAUUAUUGGGAGCCGCGGAAAGCAGGCUAUCUCCCUAGAGAUCAUGCGAAUCGGUCGAUCCAACUGCCAAAACACAGAUCAAGGAAGAGUAUCAGCGAGGCGAUCACCACAAUCAGGACGCGCAACGCAAGUGUCAGUGCCAAUGCUCAAGAAUUAGCUCAGGCGCUACGUGCACCGGUUUCUUAUCGAUUAAUAAUCCUUUGUCUCAUAUGGUAUAUGACCUCGGCGAUCACGAACACAUCUUCCAAAACUAUACUCAAUGCCCUCCCAAAACCAGUGACACUGACUGUAAUACAAUUUGCCUUUGUGCCCGUAUGGUGUCUGCUGCUCGCAUACUUGUCGGCAACCUUUCCCUGGAUCCGAAGGAAUAUUCCGGCCCUCAGAAAUGGAAUACGAUAUCCAUCGCGCGAAGUUCUGAGAACUGCUCUGCCUUUAGCAAUAUUUCAGCUCGCAGGUCACAUACUCAGUUCAAUGGCUACUUCUCAGAUACCAGUGUCAUUGGUGCACACCAUAAAAGGGCUUUCACCUCUUUUUACGGUUUUCGCAUAUCGCGUUUUCUUUCGCAUUCGCUACGCUCGAGCCACUUAUCUAUCACUCAUUCCCCUGACCUUGGGUGUCAUGCUUGCGUGCUCCACCGGGUUUUCAACGAACUUCUUUGGCAUCCUAUGUGCUCUAAUUGCAGCAUUGGUCUUCGUCUCCCAGAAUAUCUUUUCCAAGAAGCUCUUCAAUGAAGCUUCGCGUGCGGAGUCGGAUAUGCAAUCAACAGGUGGAAUGAAGCUGGACAAACUAAAUCUGCUUUGUUACUGCUCUGGUCUCGCCUUCAUCCUCACGCUCCCGAUCUGGUUCGUCAGCGAGGGCUAUCGAUUGAUCUCGAAUGUCAUGCAAUAUGGGGCUAUCUCCUUGUCAGGCAAACAUGGCUCUUUGGAUCACAGUGCACUCAUCAUGGAGUUCGUGUUCAACGGAGUUUCGCACUUUGCGCAAAACAUACUGGCAUUUGUUUUGCUUUCGUCAAUAUCCCCAGUAUCCUACUCUGUUGCGUCACUUGUCAAGAGAGUAUUCGUCAUCGUCGUAGCGAUUGUAUGGUUUGGCAGCUCGACUACUUCUUUACAAGCUUUUGGCAUCGCACUCACCUUUAUUGGGCUCUAUCUCUACGACCGCACUAGUCAUGAUGAUGUGGCUGAUCAACGGGCAAAUGCUGACCACUUUCGUGCGAAGGAGGCUGUUCUUCCCUUGAACGUCCAAUCACUCGAUAAAACAAGGGGUCCGCAUAGCUACGUUUUCCCAACCUUAAAGGGCGGUGAGACCUCCUUUGUGAACAACUCAGCUGCGUUGUCAUCGAAUUCCAAGAAGGAAGACGAUGCACUUGGUCAUGUCCGUCCAAGGGGAGGCAGCGUUUCCAGGACAUGGCUGCCUGGCACGAAACAAGAGUCAACCUGGCAAUCCGGCGAUUCUUAG